GAAACUGGAAGAACUCGGAGUAGUAGAUACUGUGUUAGGGUUUAUCAUCGUUCUGUAGCAACUGUGUGUGAAAAUGUCGUCGUCGUCGAAAACUCUAAUUCGGACGGGCGUUUCUCUGAUUAGCCGUUUGAUGACCCAAAACUUGAGAUGUUCAGCACAAACGCCACAAAUUGCGAAUCCGACACUCACUUCUAGGUUUUUUCCAUCUCUCUCCUCUCAGUCUCAGUCUCCGAUUCGUCUUGAUUUACCCCAGUCCGACGUUGAUUCGUUCAAGAAGGUUUCCACUGAAGGUUUCUUAUACCCUACUGGCCUUCCUUCACUCCCCUUUUUCCUCCCUGACGUUGAUGAUUCUUCAUCAAGUGGGAUGCUUUUGUUUCCUAAGAGAACCUACCAACCCAGCAACAUGAGGCGCAAAAGGACACAUGGUUACUUUGCUCGCAAAGCAACUAAGGGUGGGCGUAGAGUUAUUGCUCGACGUAUUGCAAAGGGUCGAUCAAGAAUAACAGCAUAACAACAUUUUUUGUUGCAUGGUUUACAAGGUGUACGGAGCAAGGCUAGAAGGCUGGUUUAGGGCAUUUCACGGACAGUUAAAUAGGUUAUGCUGCGACUAUUGAAAACAAUGGGAUGAGGAGGUGAUGUUUUGGUGAUCCUCAAACUGGAUUUUUGUACUUAGGCUCCUACUUCCCAGCUUUGUCCCCAACUCUUCUUAAUAUUUUUCCAAGCUGGUUUUAUUUCCCUUAAAGAUAUGUUUGAUCUGUAAUAAGGAAUUCUUUUUCACUGUA